AUGUCAACUAAUAUUAGAGGAAGUAAUAGUGGUGUUCCUACUACUUCUACGUCUGGUAGUGGUGUUUCGACAAAUACAACUGCAGCCAAUACGAAUGCCAGUGUUAUUACAAGUAGUACUACUGCUACUACAACUCAUCAUACAAGUAUAAGAGGUACAACCACUCCCAACAAGACAAAGAGUCUAAGAGAGAGUGCAAGCAACAUUAAUACGAGUAAAGAUAAAAUUGAUAAUCAACAACAACAACAGCAAAAGCAACAACAACAGCAACCAGAUGAACAACCAAUACAAUCGAUUUCAAAAUCAACACAACUAUCCAAGAAACACAUAAGAGAUCAAUUGGAAAAGAAGAAAGAAGAUAUAAUUUCUCGGGGUAUUAAACCUAUUAUGCCUCAUUUAGAAGAGAGAUUCAACAACUUUUUUAAUAAUCAUUUACCAGAGUUAAUUGUUAUCUAUUCUGAACUUUAUGAACAAUGGAAUACAUUUAAAUUCAUGGAUGACGCACAACCUUAUUUAUCUAAAACAGAGCAAGAUUGUGGAUUGGAGGCUAGUAAAGUUAAAAAAUAUACUGAUAUUAAAACAAUGAAUCAAUUGGAUACAUUCCUUUAUCUACAAUUGACAGCAAAUAUUAUUCCCUUGCUGGGUGAAAUUCUUGAAUCAUUAUAUGUUCCAUUGUAUACCUUUUCCGAUAGUUUUGAAAAACAAUUAUCUCGUAUCAAUACAAUGCCUUCAAAAAAAAUACCAGAAGCAAAGGUAAUUAAAACUCAAAAUGCGUUCAAAUUGAAAAAGUAUCCAAAUAUCGAAGAUUAUGCCUCGUUUACUGAUAAUCUAAAUUAUUUGAUUGCCUAUAAUCGCAUUGAUACAGUUCGUUCUACUUUGAGUACACUCAUUUCAUUGUAUAAUUUCUUUUCCAACAAUAUGUCAAACUUUGAGGAAAUCAUAUCUUCAUUCAGAAAUCAACAAUAA